AUGUACGCGGUCGACAGCAAGCCAGACUUUAUCUUGAUAACGGGCGACAUACCGGCGCAUGCCAUGCCGACGUGGGCAUUGCAAAACCAGACCAUCACCCAAUUCACUUCGAUGAUCCGCCAGGUCUUCCCCACCACCCUCGUCCUCCCUCUCCUCGGUAACAACGACGUGUACCCGGACUACCACCAGCCCUACGGACCCAGCGCGUGGCUCGACCACCUCGCCAAUCUGUGGUCUCCCUGGCUCGGCGAGGAGCAGCGAGCCACGUUCGUCACGGGGGGCUACUAUAGCAUGAAGGUCCCGGCGGCGACCGGCCUGCGCAUCAUCGCCCUCAACACGGUGCUCUACUCCAUCAACUUUGUGCCCAGCAACAGCACCGCCCUCGACCCGUACGAUUCGUGCACGACCAACCCGCCGGCAGACCCCAACGGCCAAUUCGUGUGGCUCAAGAACCAACUCGCCCAAGCCAAGCUCAACAACGAAAAGGUCAUCAUCGCCGGCCACAUUCCCUACGGUGUCAACGAAUACGACGGAUCCAUCAACUGGUGCGCCAAAUACGUCGACUCGUAUUUGGACAUCAUCUACCCCUUUGCCGAGGAUGUGAUCAUCAACCAGAUCUUUGCGCACUACCACUUGGACGAGUUCCGCAUUUUGCUGUCCCCGCGCGGCGCCGAGGCCAGUGCGACGCCGCCGCCGCCGACCGACGACGACGUCGCCGGCGCGCAGCAGACCACUUCGGCCGACCCGGUCGUCGUGUCCAGCAUCAUGAUCCACCCCUCCAUCUCCCCGCUGCACGAAAACAAUCCGAGUUUCAGGUACUACCACUACUACCGCGAGACGGGGGCGAUCGCGGACUACGCCCACUUCUACCUGGACCUGGCCCUCGUCAACCUCCUCCCCGCCCCUCGCUGGGUCCUCGAAUACACCUUCCGCGGCGCCUACGCCGUGAGCGGGGUGGACACGGCCUCGUUCGCGUGGGUGUGGGAGACGAUCACGAGCGGCUUCUCGUCCCACUUUGCGCGCUACCUGAGCUACAAGACGGCGCUCUACAUCGCCAACGCGCUGCCCAACAUGUGCGCCAUCACCAGCACGGGGAGCGCCGACUACCAGCGCUGCCUCCUCCGCUACCACGUCGACGCCGCGCAGUCCUCCCCGGACCCCACCACCCAACGUCGCGAGCUCUAA